AUGGCAUCAGUAUUUGAGACCAUCUCGAUCCCGGUACCAGACUUCACGCGGCACUCUCCACCAAUCCGCUCUUCCACAUCCUCGCCACCAUCGAUACUUUCCGGAGCAUCCUCGCCUGCGAUCCGGCGCUCUUCACGCCUACGCGACACCACCAUAUUCUCUCCUCCAGCCGGAGUGCUCACCGAAGCUGAGAUCGACGCCGCACCCAUGUGCGGAACACACAAGGAGAUGGCUCUAAUCCACUACCACCGCCUUCUCAACAUCAUCGCCCAGGACGAUCCUAAUGUGGUCCCACCAUAUACUUCUCAAGCCGUCGCUCGUGUCCAGCUCGCACGCAUGACCGUCGUCCUCCGCAGCACCAUCAGUCACUUCCGGAACCAUCCCGGCAAGGACGCCGAGAUCCGCACUGAGCCUCCUGCACCAAUCCACAGCCGAUCUGAUGGCCGAAGACUCUACCAAGAUCCCCUCGACGUCCUCAACGAUCGAGACCAGCGCAUCGAAUCCCUCAUCCACGACCUCAUAGACGCUAGCUUCCACAUUCCAGGCGCAAAGAGCAAUCUCUGCUCCGAUCCGCUGGCGCCGGGUCAUGAUGACACGACGGCGCCUUUGGUUCAGGAGAGCUGUGCGGGCGGUGUUGAUGACUUUGCUGAGAUGUGGAGUAUUCCGGAGAUGAUGCUUGGUGCGAAGCCGCUGCCUGACCAUUCGUCUGUCUAUAAUAUUGGUGCUGAGGUGGAUGUUGGAGUGAUUUAUCGGCGUGGGAAGACGGAGAGUAAUGUUCUGUACCAUGCCAAGGUCGCAAAAGCCGGCUCUGCCUUCUCCACCAUGGGCAAGAACAAUAGGGCAGCACGCUGUGGUCGUAAGAGAGCUUUUGAGGAUGAAGAGUAUGCGGGAGAUGAAGAUGCGGAAGGUGACCCUGAGUACGAGUAUGACGAGGACGACUAUCCUCCGCGAAAGCCACCAGCACCGAAGCCGUCGAAGAAGAAAAAGCCGAACUCGAAGCCCAAGCCCGAAGCAAAAAAGCCACCACCACCCAAGCAGCCUAUCAUCGAAUCCUGGCAUCCAGCAGGCGGCGAACAGCCCAGCCCCAAAAGUAACAAAAAUCCAGCACCAGAUCCAACAGCUAUCCUCGGCAUCGCACGUGUAUCGACUUGGCGGCUGCAGUUCUUCAAGCCCGCUAUUGAUGAUCUGAUCCGGCAGCAUGCCGAGUAUGAGAAAAUGGUGACGAAUACAAUGGUGCAUGGUGGUGAGAGUCUGACUGAUGUUUAUGUGUAUUUUCCUAGUGCGAAUGCGGCGGCGAAGGUCAAGGAGGCGGUUGAUAGGGAGGUGGUUGCAGGGAGGAAGUUGCAGGUCAUAUAUGUCUAG